CACAAAACAAGUCUCGGAAGAGAGAGAAGAGUGAGUGAGAGAGAGAGAGAGUUUUUGCUUUGAUUGCUCCUAUUAGCCCUCCUCAUCGCCAUCAUUGGCCACCCAUUUCUCCAGAUUUCUUGAUUUUCUUUCCAAACACAUUAAUUUCCUUUUUAAUUUUCUCGGAGGGUCUGUUUGGUUUUGUAAUACUCGGAAAUGGGAUUUAUUGAGAGUCUGUCUUUCUUUUGCUUGUGGGUCGGAUCUUGUACUUAGUAGAACAACUGUCACAUCUCUCUGCACUUGAUCAUCACCAGUGAGAAAAAGCAGGAAACUUCGUGAUCUGUUUUCUCUCUCGAUCCGGAUUCGAUUUUCAUGCUCCUCUGUUUUCUCCCAUCUGGGUCUCCCUCUUUGUCUCACACAGAUAUGCAGCAUUCUUCUUGAUUUCAGGUAGGAGAAAUGAGUUCAUGCUGAUCUUCUUUCGCUCUUUCUUGAAUUUCUUUUUAACUAAGCAGAUCAAUCCAUGGACAAGAAUCAAGAAAGGAAGUUCAUCUGUAAGUUCUGCAACAAGAGGUACCCUUGCGGUAAGUCAUUGGGCGGACACAUAAGGACCCAUAUGAAUUUGAAUUCCGCUGAUGCACAAGCCCAUGAAUUCAAGCUCAGCAAAACCAAGAUUCAUCCAAUCGACAACAAUGGAAGCAGCAGUAGCAAGGCAGAUUCGGGGCCUGAAGCUGCUUCGCAAUCUGGAUAUGGCCUGAGAGAGAAUCCCAAGAAAACCCGGAGGUUUGCAGAUUCAAGAAACCCUUCUGUGCAACAACACCAACUGCUCUGCAGAGAAUGUGGUAAAGGGUUCCAAUCACUGAAAGCUCUUUGUGGCCACAUGGCUUCUCAUUCUGAAAGAGACAAGGUGAGCAAUCACAGGUUUGAGGAUCAACCAUUGACUGAUGAGAAGCAGAAGCUUGUAAUGGAUAGCCAAUCUGAUACUGAAACAUCAACUCCUAGCAGAAGAAGGAGAUCUAAGAGAAUGAGGUAUUAUAAUAACAACAAUAAUAAUAAUAAUAGAAGCACUGAUGUUAACUACUCUAAUUCGGUUUCCGUCGCAAAUGGGUCAUCUUCGGUUUCUGAGAUUGAGCAAGAACAAGAGGAGGUUGCCAUGUGUUUGAUGAUGCUUUCAAGGGAUUCUAGUUUCCGGAAAGGGUUGAAUUCAAUUGCCGAGUCUUCGGAUAACAAUUCUGUGGUUUUAGAGGCUAAAUCAUCGUCUAUUGAUUUGAGAAUCACUAUAAAGACUGGCUUGAGCUGUACCUCCAAUGCCGAAAAGUUUUUAGGGAUGAAAAAAGGAAGAGACGGCAAGAAAUUGAAAUCAGCCGAGAAUGGAUUCUCUUCUCCUGACAAUUCAGAUUCUGGGUAUUUUAGAAAUGGACCCAAAAAAGUAGAAUCCGAUGUUUCUGUUGAUGGGUGUUUGAGGAAUGCUGAAUUUAGAUCUGGGUUUGAGGAUUUGAAAGGAAAAUCUGGGAAAAAUAUGAGCAAAUUCAAGUCGAUGACUGAUUUUGGGAACGAUCGAGCAGAUAGAGGUGCAUCGACAAAGUACGCUUUGAGGAAGAGUACUAAAAAGUCCGAUUCUUGGUUGGAAAAUUGUGAAAAGAGAAAUAUAACUUCUAACAAGACUAGUGAGUACUGGGAGUCAAUGUACGAGUGUGGUGAAAAUAGCUUGGAGAAUGAUCCAACAAUGGCUGAACAUGCCAAUAUCACAGAGUCUUACGGGGGGAAGAACCCAGAUCAUGAUCAGAAAUUGUCUGGCAAUGGCAGUAAAAAAAUGGGGAAAAAGAAAAGCAAGGGGCACGAGUGCCCAUUCUGCUUCAGGGUUUUCAAGUCAGGCCAAGCUUUAGGUGGCCAUAAGAGGUCCCAUUUUGUUGGAGGUCACGAGGACAACAACAUUAACAACAAUACAGUGGUGAUCAAGCAGGACUUGCCUGAUCAGAUGCCUACACUUAUCGAUCUUAAUCUUCCAGCUCCUAUAGAUGAAGAAGAAGAAGAAGAAGAAGCAAUUGGGUCAUGAUGGGUUUGUGCCAUAUGAUCUUGCAAUGCCACCAGAAGCAGAAGGGUUUUCUCGGUGGGCUUCUUCUCUGAUUGAGAAAUUUUGGGGCAUGUUGGUGAAUAAUCUCAAUUGGGUUUCAAUUUAGAUUUUCAGAUGAAGAAAUCUUCCUUGUGUUUGCUCAAUCAACUCCCGUGGGCAAUCAUUUUUUUUUUUUUUUGUUUUUCUUCUUUUCCAGUCUCAUUUCUUUUAUGUUUAGUGUUCUCUGCAUUUAGGAGAAAAGAAUUCAAUUCUUCCAUUGUAGUGAAGUUUUCAAUUGAAUUCUUGCUAAUGCUACAUUUGAUAUUUCA